AUGCGAUUCAGCUCUCUUCUCUUCGCUCUUCCCCUCCUCGGAUCAGUCUUCGCUGCUCCCGCUCCUGCUACCUUCGCCGAAACCGGUCUCACCCUUGAGAAAGAGAUGAAAUUCUUUUCCCAUCCUUUUGAUGGGUAUACUUUGGUAGCGCUGAAUCACGCUCAAGUACUCUUAUCACUCAUUCAUUCAUUCCCCACUACCAACCCAACUCCAACUCCAAUCCCGUCUCAACCCAACAAUACCGGUACAGACGAACCCAAAGCCGAAGCAGACUUGGACUUGGCCAAUCUGAUAUCCAACAUUCGAGCGAGAUACAAACUCCUCUGUUCGAGUCUGAACGUGAAACCUAGGUUACAAGUUGCUCAGAUUGUCGAAGUGGAUCCUCGCUCAGGUGCUGGAGCGAGUGGAGUAGAAGCUGGAUCAGACGGACCCGCAAAAGGUGUUGAUACGACUCAAUUGAGAUUCUAG